AAACCAAUAACGAAAAUACAAACCCAAUAGAUAGAAAUGAUUUUGAAAACAAUAUAAAUAUAAAAGGGUAUAAUUAUUUAUUACAAUGUAUAAAAAACAACUGUAUAGGUGGCAAUGGUAACAGUGGUAAUACCGGCAGUAGCAAUAUAAAAAUAAAAAAUAAUAUAAUAAAUAAUAAUAAUAAUAGUAAUAAUAAUAAUUAUAAUACAAUGAAUAAAAAUCAACCUUUUUUAAAUACAAAUAAAUUUAAUUAUUUUGAAAAUUUCAACUAUAAUAUAUACAAAGAAGAGAUUAAUGAAGAAAAUGAAAACUAUAAUAUUUUAAACAACUAUAUAGAUAUAGAUUUAAUAAGUGACAAUCCAUUUAAAAAUUAUUUUUCAGUAAAGAGAUACUACCAUGAAGGCGAUUUAAUUGAAAAGAGAAAUAUCAUAGUCAAAGUACAAAAGAAAAAUACAAAAUCACUAAAGGAACUAAAUGUGUUGGAAAAACUAAUAGACUCUAAUAAUUCAAUUCAGUUCUAUGGGUCCUAUAGGGGGAAGAGCAAGAUGAUGAGACCGAGGCUAUUGGAAUACAAAGACGAAUUAUUAUUUAUGGAAAUGGAGGAUAUGUCAAAAUAUCAAACAUUAGAUAUGAUAAUAAGGAGGAGAAAAUGCAAAGGGUCUUUAACAAUGGCCCGAUUUAUAAUACGUGCUAUACUAGCGAGUGCCUUCUUUUUCGAAGAACGUCAAAUUAUACAUCAAACUUUACAACCCUCAAAUAUCUACAUAAUGGAAGAUUCGUUGGGUACCAACGAUCAAUCAGUAGUCAAAUUUUCAAACUUUGAACAUUGUCUACUCUACAGUGACAUUAAUGAUAGAUUUGUUAUGGGUAAGGAUUCAGUGGUUCACUCAAUAUACAGCGAUAGACAUCAAUCUAGAAAUUUAUUUAAAGUAGUGGGUAAAAACACAGUAUCUUUCACUAUUGGUAUAAUGUAUUUAGAAUUAUUAAUAUCAACCAUUUAUGAUAAUACAAUAAAUGAUGACGACUAUUUUAAUGCUUUUAAAGAAAUUAUUAGAAAUGGUAAAUUGGAUAUAAUAAAUAAUAAAAUAAUAUUAAAUAACGAUAUCAUUAAUAAUAAUAAUAAUAAUAAUAAUAAUAACAACAAUAAUAGUAAUACCAAUACCAAUAAUAGUAGCAACCAUAUAAACACCAAUACUAGAUAUUUACGAUUAACUCCAAACCAUCAAAUUGAAAUCAAAGAACAUUUUGAAGAAGAUUUAAAGUUAAUUUCCAUAUUAAUACAAGAUCAAAAUAAAAGACCAAAUAUAAAACAAUUCAUAAUUGAUCAUUUAGUAUAAUUGUUUUUUAAAUAAAUAAAUAAAUAAAUAAAUAAAUAAAUUGGGUAAUAAAAAUGUUUUGUUUGGGGCUCCAAAAAAAAAAAUUGUUUUAUUUUUU